AUGAAUAUUGGACAGCUCAACGACCUCUUCAGUAUCAAGGUUGAUGGUAUCGAUGAGAGAGUACGUAAGGAUGAUCUCCGAGAGGCUUUCUCGAAGUUCGGUGAGAUCGGAGAUGUAUUCAUUCCACUUGAUCGAUAUACUGGUGUCAGUAGAGGGUUCGGCUUCGUCAGAUUCUAUGAGCGUCGUGAUGCUGAGGAUGCCAUACGUGAUAUGGACAAUAAGGAAUUCCAAGGAUGCCGGCAUACAGUAGCCGCUGCCAUGUAUAAUAAGGAGAGUAGUUAUGGGCAGGGGGUAAGUAUCACUAUCAUGGCUCUACUGCUACAAUGCCUUCUGUCCUUCUGUUAG